AUGGGCUCCUUUGAAAUGACUGUCUCUCUGCUGGGACUUGGGGCAUGUGAGACUUGGCAUGCACCCUUUAAUAACAAAGUCACUGUUUCCUACAGUCCACCAGUUCUCCCAUAUGCAGUUCUGACUCGACUUCAGACUGAUGCUUUGAGGUCUCAUCUUGCUGGUGCAGACCCCUGUGCUGGGAGCUCAAUGAGAUCAGGGGCUGGGUCCCAGGAGACACUCCAUGUGAAAAGCCCACAGCUCCUCCUGGUUCCUGUUCCUGAAUUGACUGUCCAAGCCCUGGGUCUUUGGUCUGUGCUGCUGUUAGAGAGAAGGAAGAAAACAGAGAUGCUAGUGAGUUGUACAAAGAAGGGUAGACAAACCAAACAGAUACAGAAAUUGAGGUCAGAAAGACUGAGAAAACUUGCUCAAGGUUACAACUCACAAAGGGGAUGGUGGCAAAUGAAGGUCUGUCAGAUCAAGAAGGAUGUAUUUUGCCACCAUGUCAAAGAUCACGGCGUGAGCCUGGCUGGCACUGCCUGUUGGUGUGCACAUCUUCCCAUGCAUACAAAUGCAGAAACUGUCAUUUUGGAUUUUGUAACCCAGGUUCUGAGUAAAACAUUUAAUGGAUUCUGGCAUUUUGAUAACUUUCAAUUGUCCUAUAUGGUAUUUAAACUUCACAAGCCUAUGAAAUACGAAGCUUUCCUGUUUAAAAAGGAAGGUGUGGACGAAGACUUAGGAAUCCUCUUCCCGGCUAAUCUCCAGUUCAACUUCCUCUGUGAGGCCUACAUGACUACCGAGUGGAAAGCUAAGUGUAGUUCACCCCCAAAAAAAAUCAAAUCCACCACCUCUGACUUCUUGCUUCUGGGCUUCUCUAAACACCCAGACCAGCAGGCUCUCCUGUUUGGGCUCUUCAUGGCCAUGUACCUGAUCACCAUGCUGGGGAAUGUGCUCGUCAUUCUGGGAAUAGGUUCUGACCAGAAUCUCCACUCCCCUAUGCAUUUCUUCUUGGCCAACCUGUCCUUCAUCCACACCUGCUUCUCCUGCAUUGUCCCCAAGGUGCUGGUCAACAUCCAGACGCAGCACCACACCGUCUCCUACACUGGGUGACUUGUGCAAAUGUACUUCUUCAUGGCAUCGGCCCUGCCGGAUGACUUCCUGCUGGCUCUGAUGGCAUAUGACCACUACAUGGAUUGCCUCCCUCUCCACUGCACCAUGAUCAUGUGUCCCCAGUGGUGCCUACUGCUGGUCACCACAUCCUGGCUCUGCGCCCACCUCCUGGCCUUCUCACCCACUCUCCUCAUGUCUCAGUUCUCCUUCUGUGCCUCCCAUUCCAUCCCACACUUCUUCUGUGAUCUUCACCCACUCCUCAAACUUGCCUGCUCAGACACCCACAUCUUUCAGGUCCCCAUGUUAACUGAAGCCAUACUCUCGGGCAUGAUCCCUCUCACCUGUGUCCUGGUCUCUCAUGCCCACAUCAUCCACAUCAUCCUAAGGGUCCCCUCUCCUGGGGGAAAGCACAAAGUCUUCUCUACCUGUAGCGCUCACCUGACAGUUGUCACUCUCUUCUAUGGGACCCUCUUUCUGGUGUAUUUCCAGCCCUCCUCCUCCUACUCUGCAGACACUGGAAUGGUGGCCUCUGUGAUAUAUACAUUGGUCACCGCCAUGCUGAACCCCUUUAUCUACAGCCUGAGGAACAGGGACAUGAUGGAGGCUUUGUGCAGAUUCUGCAACUGUGGAAAAGUUCUACUCAGUAAAAGGGCUUUUCCUAGAUUAGAAGCUCAGUCUCUGUGA